AUGACUGAGAUCGUGACGAGCCAAACGCCCCCUAUUCUCCACGGGCCAUCCGAAAAGGAAAAGAAAUAUGAUAGGCAGCUCAGAUUAUGGGCUGCUAGCGGUCAAGCAGCUCUUGAGUCUGCUAACAUUCUUCUCGUCAAUUCCGGCGCGGGCGCCGUCGGUGUGGAAACACUCAAGAAUCUUGUGUUACCGGGAAUAGGGAAGUUUACGAUAGCGGAUGAUGCAAGAGUGACCGAGGCCGAUCUGGGAGUUAACUUCUUCCUCGAUGAGAGCUGCCUGGGAAAGCUCCGGUCGGAAUGCUGUACUCAGCUUCUCCAGGAAUUGAACCCCGAAGUCCAAGGAGAAUGGUUCCCAAAGGAAGAGGGUAAAUUGGAUCUGCGCACCGCUCUAGAGGCUUCGCCUACUUUCACCUUGAUCAUGUACACGCACCCCAUCAAAAAGGACAUCCUUUCGAUAAUCGAAUCCUAUGCCAAUCAGCACAAGACGCCUCUAGUAGCAAUCCAUUCCGCAGGGUUCUACUCUUACUUUCGCAUCAACCUACCCGGAACAUUUCCCAUAGUCGAUACACACCCUGAGGUAGAAAAGACAGCAGACCUCCGACUCCUGAAUCCUUGGCCCGAACUUGUUGAAUUCGCUCAGGGGAUGACCAAGAAUAUUGAUGCUUUAGAUGACCAUGAACACGGGCAUUUGCCUUAUGUCGUCAUACUACUCCACUACCUUGAUGAAUGGAGGCGGACACACAACGGUCAGAAUCCUACGAAGUACGACGACAAGACGGCAUUUAGUAAAUUCGUCUUGAGCAAGGCAAGGACCAACAACCCGGAGGGCGGGGAGGAGAACUUCCAAGAAGCUGCAGUCGCCAUCAACAAGAACAUCAAGGUUCCCGAAUUAGAACCCGGGGUAGAGGAACUUUUUAAUCAUCAAGUUUCGGAUGAGAUUGAGCUCCAGUCAACUUUCUGGAUUAUCGCAAAGGCUAUCGAGACAUUCUACCGCAAGCAUGGUUGUCUCCCUCUGCCUGGAUCCUUACCUGAUAUGAAGGCCCAGUCAAGUGUCUACGUCAAAUUGCAAAGCAUAUACAAGGAAAAGGCUCGGAAAGACGUGCAGGAGGUGCUAAACACCGCUAGGGCCAUACCGGGUGGCAAAGACGUUGAUCCUGCCGAAGUAGACUUAUUCUGCAAGAAUGCUCGAUUUGUGAAGCUCAUCAAUGCAACACCAAAGAAGGCCGAUCUCGAUGAAAUUUAUGAAGCUGAGAAGACUAAUGACGAGGAGGCCGAGGCCAUGAAGGCCGCGACUAAAGGUGAAUUUAUUCUACCAAUGUCUAAUUUCUUCAUUUAUCUCGCGCUCGUGGCGACUAGUCAUAAUAUCGCAUCAACCGCCGAUGAAAUCAUGAGCUCUGUUACCAAUAUAGUACCAAAGACGGCCGAAAAUCAAAGAGCGCUACAGGCUGCCCAAGAGGUGGCCCGGGCUGGCGGCGGCGAACUUCACAACAUUUCCGCUGUCACUGGCGGAAUGGUAGCCCAGGAAGUGAUCAAAAUCAUCACGAAGCAGUACAUUCCAAUUGAAAAUACUUGCAUAUUCGACGGCAUUAGCAGCCGGUGCCAGGUACUUCGGCUAUAG